AUGGAUUAUAGAAGUAGAGACCGUGGAGGUCACCAAGGAAGAGGAGAAGCAUUUGGAAGAGGUGACAAUAGAGGCCACAGAGGUAGAGCUGAAGGGCCGAAUAGAGGAGGCUCAGGAUUUUCAUCAGCACCUUAAAUAUUCUAGGGAUAAGUAGGACAGCUUACAACUCUGCAAUCAAAUCAUCACAGAAUGAGCACUAUAAAAGAACAUGGAGUGUUUCAUGUCUACAGGCUAAAUUUUGCUCCAGAACCUAGGUUUAGCUCAGAAAAAUCGUCAAUAAUAAAAAACUCAAAAUAAGCUCUUGAAACUAUUUAUGGUUAGAUCUACUCUUACGGAAACGACCUUUUCUCAAUUUUUGAGGUUAGAGAGGAACAGAUUAUAAACUCUUAAUUCAAAGGAUCUCAAUUUGAGGUGAUCAUAAAUUACGAAACAUCAUUCUCCCUCAGUUCCUAAGAUAAAGAGCAUUAAAAAUACAAAGGGAAAAUUUUGAACUUUAUAUAAGUAGCAAUAAAGAAAACGCUGUAUGAAUUCUAGUUCAAACAAGUAGGAAGGCUUCCUAGGUUUUAUCUGCAUACAGAUCUUUAGGAUGUAGCAAACUAUAAUUUGCGUGUUUGGUCAGGCUAUUCUAUGGCAGUUUAGAGUUUUAAUGAUGGAAUAUUCGUGAACAUUGAUUGUGCUACAAAAUUUGUUGAAAAAAGUUCUGUCCUAGAUUUAAUUAGAAGACUGUAAAAAGACAAAUACUCUCAAGCAGAUAUCAAGCAAGAGCUUGUUCCUAAAGAUUAGAAUGAGAAAGGACUAGUAGUCAUUACCAUGUACAACUCCAAGAAAUAUCAAAUUGAUGAUAUUCGCUUUGACAUUACUCCUAAAAACCACAUCUUUGAGUAUGAAAUCUAUGAUCCUGAAACAAAGCAAAGAUAUAAGCAUAAGUCUAACAUGGUCGAGUAUAUGAAUAAAAAAAAUGGAAUAAUCAUUCCUGUAUAAGAUUAAGAUCAGCCAACUCUGCAAUCAAACUAUAGGGAUAUUACCAUUUAUCUAAUUCCUUCAUUGUGCUUCAAAGAUGGACUAGACAAAAAUUUUACUAGUGACUCAAGGAAAAUGAGGGAUCUUCAAGAAUACAAACUUAGUCAUCCUGAAUAGAGAUACGAAAGGAUUAACUAAUUGAUUGAAAAAUUUUAAGCAGCUUAAAUUCUUGAGAACUGGGGAUUAAAGAUAGAUGCCAAUUUUACUAAUGUCAAGGCUAAGCAGCUUCCGCCACCUAAAAUCAUCGACAAUCGUAAUAAUGAACAGAAUUGGUCAGAUUACGAAUAAAGAAAGGUAAAGCCUUUAGAAUAACUUAAACUUAAGAAAGAAACUUGGGCCUUAAUCUAUGGGUCAUUAGAUUUUGACAAUGCCAAUAAUGCGAUGUAGAUGUUUAAACAAGUUGGAUCUUAACAUAGUUUUAUCGUGGAGGAGCCAUAGUACAUUGAACUUCCUAGAAAUGAUAAUGGUGAUUUGUUUGUAAAUGGCAUAAUAUCAGAUAUAGAUCCUAAAUACAUAUCUAUUGCUGUUGUGAUAUUUGGAAAAAGACAAGGCCCUGAAAAAGCUAAAAUAAAAGCUCAACUAGAUCUAAUGGGAAUCCCUUCAUAAUUUAUGUGCUCACAAACUAUUUAGUCAAAAGGAAAAAAUGCAUCAAUUUUUGCAGAUACUCUUAAGCAAAUGAGUGCUAAAAUGGGAUUAGAUUUGUAUAACUUAUCCUUACCAUGCUACAAAAAGACUAUGGUUAUUGGAACUGAUGUAGUAAUUUCAAAAGGCAACACUAUCAUGGGAAUGACAGCUUCAUAUAACUUACAAUUAUCAAAAUAUUACUCAAGAGUUGAUACACAUAAAAUGCCUAGUAGAGAAUCUGGUUAAGAUUAAAGAUCAUAGGAUGAAAAACAAUAACUGAUCACUGAGAGUAGGUGUUAAAUUCUCUGCAAAUUCAUUAAAGAUUCUUUACAAAAUUAUCAACAGUGUUAGAAUGGUCCAUAUCCUGAAUUAAUUGUGAUUUACCGAGAUGGUAUUGGAGGUGAAUCAAUGUAAGAUAAAUGCUAAGAAUUUGAAAUAACUAGAGUGAUAGAGGUAAUUCAAUCAUCAUUUGAAGGAUAUAACCCUGCGAUAGUCUAUUGUUUUGUAAACAGAAAUAACUAGCAUAGACUAUUCGCUAAGUAUAAUGGUUAGAUUAUGAACCCUUCAUCAGGAACAGUGUUAGAUAUAGGGCUUGUUGAAAAUCAAGGAGAAAAUACUUUUGAUCUAUAAAUGAUAGCUCCUAAGACUACAGUUGCUACUGCUUAACCAGUAUAGUUAAGAGUUGUGUAUAACACAUCUAACCUGACAAAAGACUAAUUCGAACUUAGCACUUACCAUUUGUGCUUUAACUAUGUGAACUAUUGUGGUCCAAUUAAGGUACCUUCUGUUUGUAUGUAUGCCAAGAAAAUAGCGCAAUAUGCUGCUGACAACCAAAUAAGGCCUAAUGAUAAGUUAGGUCAUCUACUACACUUUAUUUGA